UGUCCUUCCUUUGAUCAGUUAAACUAUGCAAGGUUUCAACACGUGCUUAUCCCUUAUAGCAAACAAUAUCCCCUCUAAUUUGGUAUCCAUGUAAACCAGAAGAUUGUGAGGUUUAAAUUUCAGGAGCUACGGGUCACUGUUUUGGGGGCCAUCUUUGCCAUAAUCUCCCUGCUCUUGUUGUUUUGUAUUAGAGACUAAUCUUCUCCUAACAAACAGUCUUGGUCCCACACAACAACAAAAGGGAGACGUGGAAACAGCUUCCGGUUGAACUGGCGUUUCUGUUUCCUGCUCUGCUGUCAAACAAGUCCAAAAAUGUCGCUAAGCGCUUUCCAACCGGGGAACAGGGCGGACAGAGAAGGCCAGAGCGAACCCAGCCGGUCGGAGUCCUGUUUGGACCAACCCGUGGGCUCCAGCGUUCUUGAGGUCAUCAGGUACACACCUUCCCCCCUGCCAGCCAAACAUUACCAUGCAGACACCACCGAGCCAAUCAGCUGCGGCCUUCGCACAUUGGAGGAGUUGUUGUCAUGGGGACGGAGUGAAGCAAAUCCCUUUAAUGUGGCGGCAGUCCCUCUGGCCCCUCGGGAGCCUCCUCUGGCCAGCUGUCCACGUCGGACCCUGGUGUCCCAUGACAUGAUGGGCGGAUACCUGGACGACAGGUUUGUCCAGGGCACAAACACAGAGAAUCCAUUUGUCUUCUAUCACUGGCAGCACAUAGAUAUAUUCAACUACUUCACCCAUCAGUUGGUCACUAUUCCACCUGCUGCGUGGACCAAUGUUGCACACAAACAUGGAGUCAUUGUUCUUGGGACCUUCAUCACGGAGUGGAGCGAGGGCGCUGCAGUGUGCGAGGCCUUCCUGAAAGACGAGGAGUCCUACAGGGCCGUGGCGGACAAACUGGUCCAGAUCAGCCUGUGUUAUGGCUUUGAUGGCUGGCUGGUCAACAUAGAGAACGUCCUCAGUGAGGCGGCGGUGAAGAGGACGCCUCCCUUCCUGCGCUACCUGUCCGAGCAGAUGCACGAGCGGGUGUCCGGCAGCCUGGUGCUGUGGUACGACAGUGUGACGGAGGAUGGACAGCUCAAGUGGCAGAAUGAGCUCAACCAGUCCAACAGGGUGUUUUUCGAUGCCUGUGAUGGUUUUUUCACAAACUACAACUGGACUGAGGAGAACCUGGAGUGGAUGAAGGACUACCAGGGGGCUCAGGGCCGCCAGGCCGACAUCUAUGUGGGGGUGGAUGUGUUUGCCAGAGGAAAGGUGGUGGGAGGGAUGCUGGAGACAAAUAAGGCUCUGGAAGUCAUUCGGAGGCACAACUUCUCUGCAGCCAUCUUUGCUCCAGGCUGGGUCUACGAAACCUCCAGUGACAAGAGCCAGUUCUGCCAGAGCCAAGACAAGUUCUGGGCUCUACUGUCUGACUCGCUGUACGUCCACCGUCCAGCCUCUCAGCUGCCCUUCACCUCCUCCUUCUGCCAGGGCUUUGGGAAGGCAGUCUACUGGAGAGGACAGUGUGAAACGAGGAGCAGCUGGUUGAAUCUGACUGCACAGGAGAUCCAGCCCAGGUACUACCACCUGCAGCUGCAGGGGGGGGGCUGGCUGAGGAGCUCAGGCUGCACAGACGAUGCGUGGACAGGAGGCUGCUCACUGCAGCUGGAGGGACUCCUCCCCGCAGCUCUAACCUCCCCCGUCUGUGCCACGGUCUUCUCUCUCCAUGUGCCACUGCAUUUGAAGACCCUGGUGACUCUCAUCUACAAGGCCUCUGCUGGGAUUGAGGUCUCUCUGGAGAUAAAGACAAGAGACGCCUCACUCCCCGACACUGAGGAAGCUACCAGCGUGUGCCCUGAAGCUCUGGAGGAGGGACACCAGUUGGUUUCCAGGUUCUCCCAGCUGUGUGGAGACUUGAGGGCAGGGGGCUGGACGCUCAGAUGUUCAGAGGUGGAGCUGCACAGCUGCUUUCUCAGGGAGGUGUGUGUCCUCAUCCGGCGGGUGGGAGAGCCUCGAGACACGCCUUUCAGCUGCAGGCUGGGAGAAGUGAUGGUGCUGGAGGCGUCCAGCCUGCGGCCGCCCUCCGCUGUGGUCCGGGGCCUGUGCAUCGAGGACGUGGUCUGGCUGCGGGCCCCCCCCCCUCAGCCCGGGCCCCCCGGCUUGCGGCUGGGGGCCACUCUGCGCUGGAGCUGUCCGGCUGAGCUGGUGCGCCACUUCCGGGUGUACUGGCGCGCGCUGAGGGGGCCGGAUCCACGAGUGCCCCCGGGGCGGCUGGCGCUGGUGGGCCGCGCGUACUCCAGCCUGUUCAGGGUGACGGGGCUGGCUGUGCCCCAGCCCCCCGCCCUGCUGGAGCUGGCCGUGGAGCCCGUGGCCAGAGAGGGCUUCCCAGUUCCUGAAAGCCAGUGGGCCCGCAGACAGCUGAGCUACGUGGAGGACGCUGCAUCCUGAACACACACACACACACACGCUGUCAGGCUGGCUCUGGGAGGCCACAUGUUCCACCGGCUCCUGAAGUGCUCUUCUGCACUUAUUAGUCAAUGAAUCAGAAAGCCGGUUAGACAGAUUUAAAGGUUCCAGGUGCUGACUGUACUUUACAGAUGCUUUUUGUACUUCCCCCUAUACAACCAACACCACUUUUUGUGGUGACAGAGACCAAAACAACACUUCUUUGGCUUGUUUUCAGUUAGCUGGUCCCCCCCAUCCCUAAGGAUGUCACAGAUCAGCACGUUUCAGCGUGAGUGGGUCUGAAAGGCAAACAGAUGUGGACUGUGUGACAGCACGCUGCUAAGGUAAAGAGAAGUGAGGAGCUUCAGCAGAAGGGAAGAAGACUCAUGAAAAACUGACUGAGCAGUCAAUCAUGUGACAACAUGGGGCCAUUUUCCUGUCAUUUCUGCUCUGUUUUGUUUGAAACUGUAAUUCCAACUGAAACAUUAAACCUGUUUCUUCAGUU